AUGCCCUCCAUUCAGAAAGAACUAAAGCUCCCUGAGCGCCCGAAAGGGCUUCCCCACCCCGAAUACACGACCCCUCGUGGCGUGUCGCCCCUGCAUUCUGUCCCCGCCGGAGGCCUACAAUACCCCAACUACACGCCCUUCAAACUACCCAACCUCGUCGAAAAGCCGUUCAGAGACCGCGGCUUAAGUUCCGACCCCUCGAAAUCCCGGCUCCUGGGCGCCGCUACCUCCGUCAUUCAUUUGACCCCCGAAAUCGGCACCGAGAUCGUCGGCCUCCAACUGACCGAUCUGACCGACGAGCAAAAGGAUGAUCUAGCGCGUCUCGUCGCCGAACGGGGCGUCGUGUUCUUCCGAGACCAAGAGAUGGACGCACACGAGCAGAUUGCUUUUGGCGCGUACUAUGGCGAUCUGCAUAUUCACCAGAUGGCGGGAAUCAUACCCGAUUUGCCGUGGGUGCACCCCAUCCACAAGGAUGGGACGGCCGUGAACGGGCGGUCUCAUCAGAUUUGGCAUUCGGAUGUGAGCUAUGAGCUCCAGCCGCCCGGACUGACGCUGUUAAAAAUGGAUACUUUGCCGGAGGCAGGACCAGAUGGGACGUUGGCUGGAGGAGAUACGAUUUGGGCAAGCGGAUAUGCGUUGUAUGAGUCGUUGUCGCCCAAGCUGCAGGAGAUUCUGGAAACUCUGGAGGCCAAGCACAGCGGACUCGAGCAGGCAGAGAAAGCCCUGCGCACGAGCGGUUGUCUGCGCCGAGAUCCUAUCGAGACUAUCCACCCUGUUGUCCGUACUCAUCCGGUCACCGGAUGGAAGACUCUUUACGUGAACGAGAACUUUACUAAAGAGAUCGUGGGACUGGAAAAGAGAAUUGGCGACGGUAUCCUGGAUUCUCUUUACCGGACUGUGGCCGAGGGCUACGAAUUCCAGGUCCGGUGGAAGUGGUCCAAGAACGCGGUCGCAAUCUGGGACAACCGGGCCACUUACCAUACUGGGAUCUUUGACUACUUCCCACACCUCCGACAUGGGCUCCGAGUUGCGCCACAAGCCGAGAGACCGUACUUGGAUCCUAAGUCGAAGACGAGGAGAGCGGCACUGUCGGAGGAUGCGUAG